AUGGUUAAAAGUAUUGGAAAAGACGAAGAUGCGGUGAAUUCUUAUGAAGAUAUUACAAUUUUGGAUGACGAUGGACAGUUAAAAAAUUUAAAAUUUAAAUCUGCGCGGUUAAAAAUACCUCUUGAACUCAAUAAUUUGAUAAGCCAUAGUGACAAAGUGAGUGAUAGUGAGAGUGGACAGAACAGCGACAAAGACUAUACUCAACAAUCUAAAUUCUUCGACGAGCUUGGGUUGUUAGAAGCGGUCAAAGUCAUCGGUAAUAGUUCU